GUCUGUGCGUGCGUGUCGUUUGGAAGGCUGCGUUUGUCGGCCUUAAACGUCAUCGAGGCUGUCUCUAUUUUUAUUUUUUUCCUUCUUAUUUUUUUUUAAUCUAUUGUCAAAGCCUUUUAUGUAUAUGCACUUACAUUUAUUCAGUUGUUAACCUUUUUGCAUUCCCAAUAAAAAAUAAAAAUAAAAUUAAAAAUUAAAAUUAAACGAGACAGCCUCGACCUCCGGACCGGAGGACGCAUCCUUCCAAACAAGACAGCCUGUGCGUGCGUGUGUGUGUGUAGACUGGUGACUGUAUACAACAAGAUCCUCUGCUUGAACAGCACAUCUGCACCGACCAAUGUCACGUUAUGAGAAAAUAUCUUGCAAGUCCACUGAAACUGAUAGUUCUGAAGAUGAGAUAUUCCCACAAGUUCUGGACAAAAAGGACAAGUUAGUUCGGUGGAUUAUGAGCAACUGUAUUACUGUACUACUCAUUAUCUCUUUUGGAUUUAACAUAUUUUUAGUACGUGAUUUCAUAUUAAAUCAUGAAAAAGAAUCACCAAAAGCCAUAAUUCCCAAAGUACUUAAAGAGAAGCCUCUGGAAAAUGACACUAUCCUGCUAAUAUGGUUGGGGCCAUUUAAAAAUAAAUUUGACCUAAAUUCCUGCAGUUCCAAAUUUAAUAUUGAUGGCUGCUACUUAACUGUAGAUAGAGAACUCUACAGUGAGGCCCAUGGAGUACUUAUUAAUCACAGAGACAUUAAAGACGAUCUGUCUAAUUUACCCACACAACCACGGCCUUUCUUCCAGAAAUGGAUAUGGAUGCACUUCGAGUCCCCACAAAACACGAGACGACUUGAGGGUCUGGAGAACUUGUUUAAUGUGACAUUAAAUUACCGGCGGGAUGCUGACAUUGUCCUUCGUGAGCAAAUUAUGUUUAAAACUGAUGGUUCUGAAGAUGAGAUAUUCCCACAAGUUCUGGACAAAAAGGACAAGUUAGUUUGCUGGAUUGUGAGCAACUGGAAUGACAACCACAAAAGGGUAAAAUAUUAUAAUGAGCUAAAAAAGCACAUUGACAUUUAUGCUCUUGGGCGGCAUUUUGGAAAAGCAAUAGGUGAUGAAGAAUACAAGAAAACAUUGACCAGAUGUAAGUUCUAUCUAUCAUUUGAGAACACAGAAGGUCACUAUGACUACAUGACUGAAAAGCUGUUCAAUCCGCUCACACUAGGAUCAGUCCCAGUGGCUCUUGGGGUUCCAAGAUACAUAUAUGAACGCUUUGUGCCAAAAGAUGCUUUCAUUCACAUAGACGAUUUCUCCAGCCCUAAAGAACUAGCUGAACACCUGCUGUCAUUGGACAAAAAUGUUGAAGAAUACAAAAAGUAUUUUCAUUGGCGAAAACACUUUGAUGUAAAGCAUGUUGAUUAUCCUAUAGAGCACGCAUGCCGCGCUUGUCAUUAUUUACGUAACAAUAAAGAUUAUCAGGUUUUUGUAAACCUUAACAAAUGGUACUGGGAUGUCAUCAAAGAUGGUGCCUAUAGACCAUAAUGCCUUUUCUGUGACAGUAUGAUUUUGCUACUGCCAAAACACUGGAUCAAUGACAAACCUCAAAAUGCUCUGGAGAUUUUGUGUUAUUUUGUAUUGUGUAUGAUUUUGUAUGCUGUAACCUUACCAGAUUGUUUCUGUUCUCUAUCUUUGAAGGUGACGUGUAAAUACUGUGCCACUGGUAGUACCAAAUUAAAUUAGAAAAACUACUGUUUCCAAACACUCAAUCUGCCAUUCUUUUGGCAGACAGGUAGUACCGCCCCAAAAUCAUACCUUUGGUUGAGCCAGAGGUUGACAAGUCAGACCACUCAAAUAAACAGCAGAAGACAAAGUAAUUAAAAUUACAAACAACACUGUUUUUUGCACUUUGUAAUUAUUGUUACCAUUAUUGUUGUAUGCUUUUGCCCAAUGAUUGAAAUGCAAAAUAAAAACAUGUCAUAUUAAAGUCUGAA